CUCAGACAAACCAGCCGUACGUCGCUGCUCAAUCCCAUAUUUAUACCUAUCAGUUACGUCAGAUCCAAAAACGGGGUAAGUAAGCAACAUUCUCGCAUCGUUCGUGUAAAAACAAAACGCGUUCCGCCGCGACAAAAUGUUAAGACACCACUUGUUGGCUAAACAAAAGCUACAAUCGCAUUUAGACGAUUCUAACCUAAAAACAAAUGAAAAACCUCUUGUCAGUGAAUGGAAAUUAGGUUUGUGCGGACUUGUUGUGUCACUCGUGAUCAUCUUGGCCAAACUUUACGUUUCCAACCAGGAUGCCAUUCGUAGCGUUUUAAUCGAACGCAAAUACGUUACGUACGAGGAGAUCACUGAAGACGGACGAUUAAUGUUUAAAUAUACCUUAGAAACUGCAGUCAAAUACAGCAGUUUUUGGCUGCCAAUUGUUUGUGGUGUCCUGACCACCUAUUUCACAUGGAUCAUGGUUUAUUUGGAUUCAAAUGUACCAGGUGAACAACCGCCGAGUCCGUUUUCACCGACAAAAUACAAGAUUCAGUCAGGACACUCAAUUCAUUUUAACUACCUCUUUGCCAUAAUAGUGGGAGUUUUGGUUUCCUGCUAUAUGUACUGGAGGGGAAUCUCACUAUAAUGUUAAUUAAUUUGCAUUGGGGAAAAUGGUGUUUGUAGUAUUUAAGUAUAACACUUAACCAAUGUUCAAAAUAAUUCUAUUUUUUAUCUAGUCAUUGGAGAUUCAAACGAUUAUAGGACAAAAAGCAAUAUUUCAAAGUAAAUUUGAAUAUAUUGGACAUAUACAUUACAUGUAGGAACAACUACUUUUUUAUACUGUCACUUUUAUGAUAUAAUGUUAGAUUUAAUGCAGCUUGAACAAAUUAAUUUAUAGUAUUUAAUUAGAAUAUCAUAUUUAUUUAUAUAUUGUAACUAAACUACAAUUAAACAAUUAUUAACU